GCCCCCGUCCCAAGCAACAACCCCGUCCUAGACACGAUAACCUUCCCGCCACACGCAUCUUCCAUCCCAUCCCAUCCCAACGGAACAUGGCGCACCUCAACCCGCCACGCCCUCCAACAUCCCCGCGAAACAGCAUCAUCCGUAGGCGAGGCAUGCACACUCGACGUCGCCGCGCUCCGCAGCAGACUCGAGGACAUCGCGGACACGGCCUCGGAAGACCUGACCGCCCGUCUGAAUCGCGCGUUCGAGGGCCGCGAUCUGAUCGAGAUGCAUCAUCGCGUGGUGGGCUGUGUCCCAGCGGCUCGCAUGCCGGAGACGAGACAUGUGAGCCGGGUUGUGGACGCGGUGAGCGAUGCGGCGCAGGACCUCGCUGUGCGAGAACGCGUGUCGUCGGCGUAUCUGGGUACGGAGCUGCAAGGGGAUAAGUGGGCGUUUGCGCGUAUUAUGAGUUUGUCGGCGAGACGGGCGCUGGUACGGUGUGGGAUAUGCUGGGAGUGGCAGGUUGCGCAUAGUAGGCAGAAUCUUGGCUGGCAGGGAGAAUUGUAUAGUAGUCUGGCAGAUGUUUUCACGCGGGAGAAGAUGUACAAGGGGGUUGCGCAUUUGUUUGAGAUGAAGCCUGUUUGGACUGCGGAUCGGGCGGGGAAAGUCUGGCGUCUGGAACUUGAUACGGGACUUAUGGAGGUGAGUGUGGAUGGUGAGAGGGAUGGUUUGAGGGAAAUGCCGGUUUGCGUGCAGACGGGGUUUGAAUUUCUGGAAGAGUGGGGGUGUAUCUCGAUU